AUGGACAACCUGACAUUUAGAAACAGCAUUCUCCUUGUAGAAGGACUCAAAGUUACUCAUCAGUCCUCUUACCUUGUUUUCAUUGUGCUUUUUUUGGCUUAUAUGUUUGCAAUGGUAUCAAACAUUACACUUAUAUUUCUGAUUUCAACAGAGAAGAAUCUGCAUGAUCCUAUGCAUUUUCUGUUCUGUAACUUGCCAGUUAAUGAUAUAAUAGGGACCACUGUCAUUUUGCCACGCUUAAUGCAAGACAUUUUAAGAGAAACCUCAGAGCGCUAUAUAACAUAUGUGGAGUGUGUUAUUCAAGCUUAUUUUGUGCAUGUUUUUACAGCAGCAUGCCACUAUGUGCUGAUGAUCAUGGCUUUUGACAGAUAUGUAGCUAUAUGUAAUCCAUUGCGAUACACGACUAUAAUGACCAAUAAAAUGGUAGUUAAAUUAUCAGCAUCAGCCUGGGGGCUGUCAGUACUUGUGGUGACAAUUAUGUUAGGCCUCACUGUGCGUCUGCCUCACUGCAGAUCAACAAUUGAAAACCCUUUCUGUGACAAUGCCUCACUAUUUAAACUCUCCUGUGAAAAUGCAAGUAUUAAUAAUGUGUUUGGAGUUGUUUAUUCCGUAAUUGCAGCCGGCCUGUCAGCUGUAUCUAUAUUUAUAACAUACGUCAAGAUUGCUACUGUAUGUAUAAGUAGCAAAAACAAAGCACUCAACAGCAAAGCCAUAAAAACCUGCAGCACUCAUUUAGCUGUUUACGUAAUCAUGUUUGUUUCUGGAGCCAUUUUUAUUUUUCUUCAUCGUUUUCCUGAAUACUCUGAAAGCAGAAAACUAGGUAGUAUAAUGUUUCACAUUGUACCACCAGGACUAAAUCCCUUAGUAUAUGGUUUACAAACCAAAGAGAUUAGACAAAAGAUUGUUCAAGUUUGGUGUAGAAAGAUAGGGUAUUCUUGAAUUUAUUAUGCAUUUUUAAAACAUAAGAAAAUAUAUUGUCUUUUUUUUUUUUUUUUUUUUUUUUGAUGUACGCUAAUCUUGCAAUUGAUUUUAAGUGGAAAUAUAUGUAGCCCCCUUUAAGGAAAAUAUGAGCAUAUAGACACUGGGACGUUAUUACUGGUACGUUAAUCACAUAAACAAUACUAAGAUGAAAGUGAUUUAACCCUCUGGGGUCUGAGGGUUUCUGGGGCUCUGGAGAAGUUUUGACAUGCCCUGACAUUUGUGCUUUUUUAAGUAGUUGCUUAUAAACAUAUGAAUGGCAAAAGUGUCAUUACACUGUACUCAGCACG